UGCUGACAGUGCUGGAGUCUACAGGAACAGCUCAGAAGGCCAUGACACACCCAUUAAAUGCAGUGUUUUUCUAGCACUUACUACUGCAGUUCAGGAGCACAUCAAGCCUUCAUGUGCUGAUGUGCCAAAAAUCAACUGGGUGCAAAGCAGAGCGACACACAGCUAGUAUCAGCAAGUGCAGCUUGGGCUUUGCAGAACCACUGACCAUGCUAUGAAUGCAAGGCUCACCUAUGGCUCUGCCCUGGCAGCAUAGCCUGGGCAGAGGGCACAGGAGGAGAAACUACUUUUAGUUGAUGUGGGAGCCCAGCUUAGUCCCAGCAGAGGGACAUUUCUUGUCCUGUCAGACAGGCCUGUACUGAGGGUUUUGCAAAAAUCAGCCUUUAAAAGGCAGACCAGUUGCAGUAACUGCUGGGGAGGGAGGCAAAUGGUGUCAGGUACAGUUUAGCUCUCUGUCCCUAUAUAGUGUCAGAAGAAUGGGACAGAAGCCAGAGAGAGUCACCUGGAAGCUGUAAUUCCCCAGCAAUGAGGACACCAGCUGCCUGAUGUGGGUUUCAUGGUCCCGCUACCCUCCUGCUCCUCCCAAGCCAGAAUGAAUUACUUUUAAAAAUACUGAGAUAUUUUGUGAUGUGACUUCAUCUCCCAACUCAGGCAACAGUAGACAAUGCCAGCCUCAUGUGUCACAAGGGUGUCCUUAUUCUUUCUUGCCUCCCAUAGCUGUAUGUCAUCACUAAGUGCCACAAACCUUCAGCUGUAACUUCAUUCUAGCAGUGGACAACAUGAUCAAUAUGGAUAAAUAUACUGGUCCCCAACACACACACACACACACACACAACAUGCACACCCACUGCCAGCUGCAGCUGCAGCCUGCAGACACAGCAGGUUGACCACUCUGAGCUUGUGUUGCAACCCGUCUGGCCUACCAAAAUAAGCAUAUUUACACACCCAAAUAAACAGUGGAAAAAGCCCAGCUGAACUGUUGACCAGAAAAUGGAACAGGAAGUAACUGAAAAAAAACAAAAUUUGCUAUAUAUAAGUCCUGUGGGUUUUUUUAAACUAACUCUCAUUGUAAUUAAGUACUGAAAUACACUUUUGAAUUGCUUGAAGCCUGUGGUACCAGGAAGCAAAAGCUCCAGCCUUUCUGAACUGCUGGAGGGGCUCCUCACCCACCAGAGCAGCUGCACCCACUGUCCCUGUCAGUGCCUGCCAUGGAGCACUUUUUCCCUUCCUUUUUUUUUUUGCUGAUCACUUUUGUUUAUUCACUUCCCCAGUUUACAAGCACCCUUGGUGUUGCUUGCCUUCAGAUGACUCCAGAGAGGGGUUUUGCCAGGCAAAAACAUGGUGCUCAUGAUCCACUCCUGGGGGUUUACUGAGGAGGAGGAGGUACUGAUUUUGUCCUUUUGACUCUGGCCUAGUCCCUUUUCUGCCAUUUGGGCUGCUCUGUGAGAUGUACAUUCGGGAAGUGCCACAGAAGGAAGGCAAGGAUGUUCUCUCUUCACUGAACGAGGGACCACUGUCAGAAGGCAGGUGUCACAGGGGACCACAGAAAGCCACCGUCACAGGGGACCCCGGGCCGACCAGGGAGGCCUCAGCUCGUCCUUCAGAUGGGGAACAGCUCCUAAGGAAUGCUAGGUUAUACCGCCCCCUCAGCUACCUGCAAGUCACCUUCAGCAGCAGCACUUACGGGCCGAGCGCUGUUCUUGCUUCCCUCCCAAACCGGAGAGGUCUGCGGUCCUCGCUCGCCGCAGGCCGGGGACUGUGGAGCCCGUCGCCGCUCUGUGCGGGGAGAGGCUGCGAUCCCGGAUCUUCCCCCCCGCCAAGCCCUGCGGUUCACCCCUCCCGCCCCGGUAUGUGUGCUGAGCCUUCCCGGCCCCGGCUCUGGAAGCUGGGCUGGGCCCGCGGGAACGCCCGGGGGCAGCGCCCAGUCCCGGGGGGCGCUUCUCCGGCCCUCGGCAGCAAAAGGGCUCCGGCGUCCAGCAUUUCCCUCUUCGGCUGGAAGUACAAGUCUGAAAACAACCCAAGCGGGGAGAGCAGGCGAUACCUGGCAGUUAUGUUCUGAGCGUUUCUGAAGCUCCCUUAGGGCUGCCACAGCGCUUGAGCAAUCGUGCGAGCGGCCGGGAGGGGAACUCCAGCCAUCGCAGGUCGGUGAGGUACGAGUCCUUGCCAAGCCGCAAACCCGUAAUGAGCACAGCCAGGCAGGGCUGUUUUCAGCGGAAAAACACAAGUUUGUCAAAAAAUAAACCUCUCUGCAGGACCGCUAGGAUGAAAUUAUAUAGCAUAUACCCCAGUUUAUCGCCUCCAGGGCAUUUGCCUUUGGCAGGACAUUUUGGCUAAUAUUUGACAGCCUGAGCAUUCGUCCCUGAACAUGCUCAUCAGGACAGUGUUUGCCAACCACUCCUCUUCAGCCCUGUCGAACAGCUUCUGCCAUGGAUCUUCCAGCACAAUAUAGAUCCUCUAAUUCCCAGAGCCCUGAUAAACUGAAGAUCAGCCAUUCUGUAUUGAGGCCUUCAAGAUAUGAGAAGUUUUUUGCUACAGAUGUUGGUGUUCUCUUGUGAAAAAUGGGAAAAAGGACAAGAACAGACAAGAAGAUCCGUGUAACAGCCCAACUGCUAAAGAUCCCCUGGAUGUUUGUCUUCCACCAAUGUGUUAGUCAAUGGUUUUCCCAGUGUUUCUGGAAGCAUUAUGGUUAAUAUUCCACUCAGAAGAGCCAUGAUUCCAACAAGCAACUGGAAGAAACAAACAUCAGCUGUAAAGGUAGAAAUGUCUUUCAAGUUGUUUGUAGUUUUGAUCUUGCUUGAGAGCAUAUUUAAAAUAAAGCACAAGGAACUGAAAUGUAAAGAAAAGAUCAUAAGUCUUAAAUAUUACCUAUAUAAAAGAUCUACCUUUUUUUGUUGCAUAAAUGAAAGAUUAUGCAGCACAAUUUAUCAAUGAGCAAGUGAAGUGUUUUGUUCACAAGGGAUCAAUACAGUGCAAACAGGAAUAAUUCUGUCUGAGGAAACAAUAUAUAUUAUCUUCAUUUUGUAUUUCUGCUAUCAGGCAUGUAUUUAAGAACUGAUUCUAGGAUUGCAUACAUUUAUUUUUACACGCAUGUACACAGAGCCACAAUUUCCCUGCCACCUGUAAUCUUAAUUCACUCUCCAGCUCCUGUGUAGCUGUACUUGUACCUGUGUGCCUGUCCCUCCUGCAUAGCCAGACUGAAAUUUCUUAGUAUGGUUCAUUGGCCUUGAGCCACAAAGUGCACAUCCAUGCUCAGGAGAUUAUGAGCUAGCUCUCAACAAGAAUACUUUGCUAAAUUCAGUUUCAAAGAACUGUUAGGAGUGCAGGCAUCUACUAACAGUUGCACUGGGACCACAUUUUGGAUUUGUCCGUGGUGUACACAGUUCCAUAACAACAGCUUACUUCAGCAUGAGUGGUGCAAGGAUCAGGAUAAUGUGGGUAGAUAGAGAAGCACACAUUUGCUCCAGGAAUAUUUACUCUUCCCUUUCAUUACUAUAUCUUGUUCAAUGAGAACAAUUCACACUUUCCACCUUUGAGGACAGAACAGGAUUAAAACCCUGACAUUCCACAACACCAGGUUAUAAAUGACCCAAAUCUCUCCUGAUAGAAAUGCUUUCCCACAGUACAUCAUGUCUGGUCUCAGUGUUUUUCCAUUCUAUGACUCUGCACUUUGAUACUGUAUUAUCUUUAUCUCACUGAUUCUCAAGUCUGUCCUGUGUUUAAUAUAUUCUUUCCAGAUAUGAGAGAGAACAUUUGGAAUUAUUGUGCCUAUGUCUCUCACACAGAACUUGAGACAAGAACUGGCCAGCUACCAUUUGCAGCUAAGCCAGACUUUAAGUCAGAAAGGUGCUUUAAUAUCAGAAGUCUCUAUUGUAACUUUGAACAGUUCUAUUUUCAUGUACAUGCACUAUGCUAGUUUUGCUUCUCUUCCCCCCCAAAAGAAGAGGACAGUUUCUCUCAAGCAUUAUUUUGAGAAGUAAAAGUCAUGCAGUUGCAUACAGUCCUCUUUUUGCACUUGCAUUAGAUAUAGAGGCUGACAAAAUAAUAAAAAAAGGCAAAAUACUGCUAAAUACUGCAAACUACAGUGAAAAUAAAAUAGUCGUGCUCUUACCAUGAAAAUUAAAAAAAAAAAAAAUCCUAACAGUAAUAGAACCAGAAGAAAUGGCACAAACAGUGCCUCAGUGACAAAUUGAGGGAAAUUCUUCUAGACAUAUGUGGCAAGAGUGAUAUUUAAAAAUAUAUUCCAAAACACUAAGAUCUCAUCUCUGUGUGUCAGAAUGCUUCUCUACUAAUAAAAUAUGAUUUUCUGCUAUGGGAAGACAGGAUGAAGUGACACAUGGCAGCUAUUCCACAGUAACCUCUCUCAUGCACAUCCUUUAGCCUCUCAUAAGUUUACAUUUGAGGAUAUUGCAGUCUGUAAAGAAUAUUGAAUCUUACAGACACCCAUACAUUUGGAGUGUAUGAGAACAGGGUCACUACUUAUACCCAACAGAACAAGGUUAAAGCAAAACUGUGUGCUUUGAAUAUGUGUGUCUUCUCUGUUUCAGUUAGUCUUUUAGACACUUGGCAUUCUUCUCAUGUUUUUCUUCCUCAUGAACCUACCUCUUAUCCCCCUGAGAACUCUCACUAUUCUGUAAGCAUACACAUCACCAUUUUCCCUGCCUUUUCAACUUGGCUCUCAUAACUCUAUUCCAUCAUGUUUUCUUCAAUUCUAUUUGAAAAGAAGAUUUUUCUAUGUGAAAGCUGAUGCAUGCAUGUAAUCCCUGCAUUUCCCUUCUCCCUGACUCUACAAAGCAUUUUCCAAUAUUUCCUAUGAAAGACAAAAUAUGAAAAAUUAAGUCACAGUGUAUUUAUUCAAGGGCUUCUCAAACAUUAUCUGCCUUUUCAAGGGCAGUAGCCACAAUUAUCAAUGAAGUUACAUUUAGUCAAAGCAAGUCUUUUGCUGUCUUAUCUUGGCAUACUGCUUCGUAAGGCAUCUGACAUAAUUUAGCCCUUUGCUUGCUCAUUACAAAUAUGUAAAUUUCGUAUGUAUGUACUAUUUUAAACAUAUGAUUCAGUAUCAGAAAAUGUUCUAAUAUAGUCAAAUGCUUAUGGAAUGAAGUGUACUAUUGUACAAGAUAUUUAAGUACAUUUAAGCUGCAUUGAAGUUAAUUUGACAGGUGUACCUUCUUAAAUGAAUUGCAUUUUCAGGGCCUUAAUUUUUGAAAUCUGACUAUCUGCUCAGUUAAACUCUCAGAGUACUCCCAACACUUCAGUACAGUCAGCAGCUUCUACUAUCUACCAUAAAAAACUUCAGAAAAAGAUGCACCAUCAUUUUUCAUAUGUCCUCUGCCUUUCCUUGAGCAACAAUUUCACAGUGGUCUAAGACCAGGACUUAAUAUAUUUAGUCUAGAACAAAAGGUAAUUUGAAUUAAAUAUCCCUAAAAAUAAUACUUCUACUUCAACAAAAAAGAUUAAAUUUUGACCUGAAAAUCCACUAGUAUUAGACACAGGAUUUGCAUUCAUUUAAUUUUACUGACUUCAUUGAGGUCUUCUUAAAUUUCUAAUUUAUGUUUUUUUCUGAGAGAUAAAUCCGGUCUGUUAAAGGGCUACUGUAACAUAAUUCUUACCAGUUAAAGGGCUACUGUAACAUAAUUCUUACCAGCUGAGAAACAGGAAUAGGUUGUACAUGGAGCAGUUGCUUUACUGUAUGUUUUCUGUAAAGUUGUCACAUAAAAAACAUACUUGUCAAGUUACUCAAGAUUUAUAGUCAUUCAAAUGAGAUACUUGCAGUUCUCACAGGUGGCAUAACUGUACAAGAGGCAGACUGUCAAAUAGCAGUAUUGACUGCUCAACAAUGUGUAGUGUAUACAAUAGAUCAGUGUGAUGUAUAUCAGUUUACUCAUAAAUAUAAUCCAUUUUAUUUCAUUUCCAUUCCAAAAGGCUUACUUGACCUGAGACUUGGCACGCUAUGCUCCAACACAAGACAAGUCCAUUUAAUAAUCUGACAAAUGCUCUACAACAGGAGCUAAUAAUGGAAACAUAUUCACUGUGAACUACUACACAACUACAAAUACUCUGGAUAAUUUUUGUACACUGAGAGUUAGUUGUUCAUAGCUGAAAUAAUUCCUGUGUUUAUACUGCCAUUUGCACUGCUCUCCAGCAUGUUUGAGCAUUCCCCAUCUGUAGUUGAACUGCAGCACUUCUGCACAGAUACUGAGCUUAUCCCAUCCAGUAAAGGCAAAAUGCUGACAAGAGAAAAAGAAUGUUCUCCCAUGAUCACUCUACUGUGCAAAUGUUUCUUUGUCUUUUCUGGGAUGACAUUUUGGUUUGUGGGGGGCCAUUGUUAAGAAAGAAAAAAUUUUUAGGAGCUUGAGGAGAUAAAUUAAUUUGUGGUCUUCUUCAUCCUCUUAGUUUUUAUCCAAAACAACCAAAAGUAAUUAAUUUAAAUAAUGAAAUUAGUUUACAAGAAUUCUCUGAAACCAAUCUCUACCAUCUAUAAUUGGAGAUUUUAUAGUUGCAAAAUCAAAAGGGCACAAUGCACUUUUUCAGGAAAUUCCAAUGUGGUGGACAAAAUUUGAGUAAAAAUCCAGGUUAAAGACAUCCCAUUACAUUUUCAUCUUCGGAUAUGUAUCAUCUACAUAAAACAUCAGUGUGCUAGUAACAGUGAAUCCUAAGGGGUUUUUGAAAGAAUUCAAACUAUUUUAAAUCAAUAAUAAAUCCUUCUUUACUUAAAAUUUUAAUAUAAACUUUGUAAUUCCUUCUGGUUUGACAUAUAUAGGCAUAAUUUAUUCUUCAAGGGAAAAAAGGGAUUGAGUAGCUGCAGGACUUCCAAGCAGCAAAUGCUUCAUAACAGAAAUGCAAUGAAGAAAUGUGAUUCAUCUGUAAGCAGGAAAUACUUAAAAUAUUUUGUCCAAAAUGGAUCUGCUACAUAAUGCAGACAAAAUGCCCAAAGUCUGCAAAUGAAUGGUUCCACCUCUCUUUUCUGGGGCAACUGGUGGUAGAAGACAAAACCUAAUGAAAACAUGACCUGGAGUUACCUAAAAAGUAAGGUGUGCUUAAUGAAUACAAGGUUCUGUUGCUAGUCAAAGCCACCAUGAACCUCAUCAAUAUACCAUUUCCUUCUCUUUUUCUGUCUCAUGAAUUGUUUUGUUCAGUUCUUGUAAAUGAACACAGAGAGGGACCUUUGGGGCAGGUUUGAAGACCAGGUGUAGUAAGCACAAAACAUUCUUGAUCUUUUGGAAGGCUAUUCCAAAGAUGUAAUGUCCCAGGGAAGCUGUGGAAAAUAUUAAGGCAUAGUGUAAGAAAAACCAGCCACCUGUGGUGAGUUCAAGAAUGGAAGAACUAUGCCUUUGAAGAAGGGUGAGAAUAAGUCAGGAUCAUGGUCAAAAAUUGCUAGGCCUGCAAAAAAGUAUGGACUAUGACGCUUCCUAAAUGUUACACAGUAGAUGCAGAAUACUUUAACGGGAAGUAUUUUUAUCAAUUUUAUUCUAGGAUUCAGUGCAUAAAUAUUUUUCUGUCUCCCAUCACAAAAACAUUUCAGAAUAUUUCAGUGAUUCAAAGUCUCCCUUUUGCUUUAGCUGCAUAUUUUUAACAAUAUGAAGCGACUAAUCUUUGGGACUUAAAAUUUUGAACAAGAAUGGCUUACUUAAUUUUCUUUUCAAUAUAAACAUUCAGCCUUUGGUUCCUUUGUCAUGUGAAAAACAUACUUGGCAAGUUAGUAAAGAGAAAACAAGUAACACAUACACCUUUUCAAAACCAGAAACAUUCACCAUAGAAAUAAAUACUUACAAGUGGCAUGAAAAUCCAAACACUUCUCAGAUAUACACAGAAAGGAGCAACCACACUUCCUACACGGCACAUCAUGCUUCCACUUCCAACAGCAAGUGAUCUAGACUUAAAAAAAUUUGAUUAAGAAUUCUAGCAGAUAAAGGAAACAAUUAGAAAUGCACAGACACUUAAAACAUCAGUAGGAUUUGUUUCUUUAAGCAAUUAUACUAGGAAGCUGUCACUAUGCCAAGGUAAAUUUAUGUUGUAGUGAAAUUCAGCUGCUUUUGUAAUUAAGAUUAAAAAUAUAAUCAUCAUUCAGCAUAGAUCCCAGGAUGAAUAACCAGGACUUUUAAGAAAGGCAUGAAAAAUGUUUAAGAAAGUAUUGAGUAUUCUUCCAGUUCCCCAAUGGAACCAAUCAAUGCACAUGGAAUGGAAAAUGAAUAAAAAAAUGAAUAAAAAACUAUGGUACAGCCAAACACCAGACAACUCUGAACUCAUCCCAUCCCAAGUCUUUGAGAUCACCUCCACUGAUGCCAAGAGCUGCUGGAUCAGGUGCAGAACAAUAACAAAGGGAAUGAAAUAACAUCCAAUUAAUGAAAAAUACAUAACUGGUGAAAGUUCUUACCUUACAAUUGUUGGGUACAGUUCUGCUGUGUAGAGAUAUAUAAGGCCAAAUGCCACACCUAUUGAAAAUUUUCCAGCCAUAUUUGCUAAAAUAAUUAAUAUACUGAAGUCCUAUUGAAAGAGAGCACAAAUAAAUAUAUCACAAGAAAAUAACACUUUCAAACAUAAUUGAAAUUUUUCAAAAGUUGUGAACCUUAAUAAGCAAUGCUUAUUGCUUGCUUUUUAAAAAUUGCUCUGUAAGUUACUAAUGUUCAUAUCACUCUUUACCAGUCCUGGUUCACUGAAGUCUUGGGAACAUUUUACAUGGGACUCCAGCAGUGACAGUGAAACCUGUACUGAAAAUGCAGAAAUCUACCUUUGACUGGCAGUUGCAAUUUAAAAUCAGCCUUUAAUGAACUAUAUGGUUUAGAGAGAGUAGCUGCAUCUUCUGGCUUAAGAGCCUUUAAAAUCAAUUUCUGCUAUAGGAACACUUUCAACAAUACGUGACUAACCUGAGGUAUGAACAUAAUUAAAACACAGAUCAGUGCACUUAAAAUAAGGAACGGAAUGAGUGUGUUUCUCCUUCCCAGUUUGUCCAUCGCAACGCAAGCAAUGAUAUAGCAAGGCAACUCCACAGCACCUGUCAGUAUGAAAUUAUUUUGUUUUAAGUCAUGAUUACACAUAUUCAUGUUAUAACUCUAACUUCCUCUUUAUGAGGAUUAAUUUAAUCUAGAGGAUAAUAGAUAUGUAAAAUCUAGAGAUAACCAGUGUGUUGGGCUUGUUCAUUUGGUAACAGAAACGGUGACAGGAGGCAGAAAAUGGCCUUAAAUACGGUAAUGAGAGUAGAGAAGGACAAGGGAAACAGGUUUCACAGAACAGAGCAGCUCCAGUUCUCCUUGGAAUGGAAAAUUACAGAAAAUAUCAAGGCCACAGUUCUGCUUUUAGGAUUACCGGCACUUUUGUCUUAAAGCUGUACAUUUGCUGCUCUUCUCCUUCAAGUAUUUUCACAACAGCUCAAGUAUGCCCACAAGGAAUAUUGUUAGUGUCAUACUGACACACCUCUCAGGACUUUCUAGCUUCCACCUGGACACAGAAUUGAAGGCACAGGUGCCUCCUCCAGCUUCAGCUCAAAAUCAUUCCAGAGUAAAUGGCAAGCAAGGUCUCUCCAAGUCCAGUUUUUUGAGUUAGCUUCACAAAUACAGAGUGCAGUUCCAGCUUACUCUCUUCUCUAUAAAAAAGAGGGCAGCUGCUUACAACAUCCCACUCUUAACACAGAUUGUCUCUUUCUAAUGUCUCUUUCUGGAGAAAAACUUCUGCAGGAAGGAACUGGCAUUUGGCGAGGACUGUUCACAAAUACUGUAUAAACAUGAUCUGCCCCAAGACAAAUGAUAUUGAGCCUAAGCCACUUUGGACACGUUUUAAACCAAUUUGCUCAUGAAGAAUGCUACUAUGUCCAAUGUAAAAUCAAGGAAUAACAUAAGAUACAGCCCUGAACGAAUAUGCUGCAUUCCUUCAUUAAGUGCGUAUGGCAUGUCAUUACACCUGUAAUAUCAGGAAACAAUUUUUUGGACUUGUGCAAUUAUUGUGUUUGUUAGUCUGCUAAAGUAUUUUUAGAAGAGGUGGAUACGGUGUACUCCAACCUAACAUUUUAGUUAUCUGUGCAAUACUAGCUUCCACUCUUCAACACAUCAGUCUAACAAUACACUGUAAUACAUGACAAAACAAACUGAAUUCAUGAGAGCCCCAGUCCUUCUGUGUGCUUAUGUACACGAUCAGUCACAUUCACUUCACUGAGAGUACUCAGUUGCACAAAGCAAAGCACAUGAUUUAAUUCUUUGCUGGCUCAGAGCUACAUGUCUGAUCUAGAGUCCUCUGAAGUCAAUGGAGUAUUUCCACUGAUCUUAACAAACUUUGAAUCAGGCCUUGAAUGCACUUAACUGCCUUUGUAAACAACAAACAACUUACAUACCAGAGAAAGAUUAUACUCAGAAUGAUAAAAUAAUAUUACAACUUAAUAAAAAAUAUACUUUUGAGAAAACUAAAAUUAGUCUUGCUUGUGAGAAUUAUGAAUCUGUUUUUUACACAGACAAACUCAAUAUAUCAUGACUGUAAGGGAUAAAAAGAAUAAUUUUUUUCUCCUAUUUUCCUAGUUUGUGCCUUUAGCAGUGCAGGGCAAAUUUUGUGUUGCUCAUCUGUUUCCCCUGGUGUUUGUGUGGAUCUGCUACAUGCUUGCAGGGCAAAGAGGAGACAAGCAGAAUGCAGUUUUACAAUCAGAAAGACAGGUAGAGAAGAAUUUUGUACACCAUCAAAUUUUAAAUUCUCUUUUUUUUUGGAAACAGAUUUGGAGUGAAUGAUAUUCCUGUGUUUGUCAACUUUAUGAAGAGUUAGCAAGAAGCUUUUUGAACAAGGCUCAUAAUUGAAUGAACAAAGUAAAAAAUUGGCUGUCAAAUCUAUAGACAUUUCUAAAUGUUAUGUUCCAGUUCUGUCAUUAACAGAAUAAAGUACAAAAAUAUUUACCUAUGAGAAAGAGAUUUAAAUACUCGUUGCCUCCUAGACUGACAGAACUGAGGGAGAAGACGUAGUACCCUAAGCUCCCAGUGAACCAGAUCAGCCAGACUGUGAUGGUCCUUCUUGCAAUUUGCCAGUUACAGAACAGGUCUAAGAUGUUGUGCUUCUUUGUUGAGGACAUGUCAUUUUCACCCAUUCUGCCACUGACUGGAUCAUCUUGUUGGACUGAGCACAGUUCAGAAACUUUGCAGGGAGUGUUUACUUUAUUCCAUCUUGCCAUUGUAUUAAUCACUUUUUGUGCAUCUUCAUAUCUUUCCUCUGACAGGAGCCAAAAAGGCGUUUCUGGGAGCAUCCAGCAGCACAAGACAAAGGGAACAGUUGCUAUGGAGAGAAAUAUCUGAUAGACCCACCAGGUCCGAACCAGAAAUCCCACGAGUGCCACAAUCAUAAUUCCCAUAGCAAAAAAAGCAUGGACAUGCAUAGAAGCCCAGGUUCGUGCUUUAAUGCCAACAAAUUCAGUCACAUAAACAAAAGCCACAACCAGAUAGCCACUUGAAACCUGGGGGUGUGGGAGAAAGAAAAGAAAAAAAACCAGAGUGAGUUUUGUAUGUGCUCUCCUUGUGCACCAGCAGUAAAAACAAAGAGUAACAGUGUUCCACAUUUGUGUACGCUUAAUUGGCACAGUGCUGGCCUGUCUCACACUGACAGAAAAAAGGCAACCCUGAAAACUAAUCAGCUGGAGGAAAAGUUCGCUCAAACCUUCAGACUGCCCGGACACUGUAUUUAAAAAUAUGAAGUGAAUUUGGAUGCUUCUCUGCAGUGGGGGACAGCCAGCAAGAGAUACCUGAAAAGGAACCUAAUUUGAUGAUGUCAUUAAGCCCUUCCCCUCCAAAAAUCAGGUCCCUUAAUGACAUCACAAACUGGAUGCUCAGGAAAAUGAGGUCCCCUGAAGUAAUCCUCACUUCUGAAAAUCCACUUGACCUUGGCUUUUAAGUAAACUAUUAAUAGGAACUGCAAAUUUACUGAGAGUUACCUUCCACACCCUUGUUAAUGAUCUCAUUAAAUCAAACUUUUUACAAUUAUAUAUAUAUAUAUAUAUAUGAUUACAGGUUCUCAUAUGUUAUGCGGUGAAUGCAAUUACUGGCAUGUUCUGGAUGAUAGUAUUUUUUUAUUGAAUAUAUAUAUUAUUGAAUAUAUAUAUAUUUCAAUUUCUCUAGCAACAUCAAAUUCAUGGUAUCUCAAAACAUUUCCAAACACAGCUAGAAAAUAUAGACUAGAAAAUAUUUCAGUAUAUUGUUUUGAUUAAUCAGUUUUCUGGUUGGAAAUAUGAAAGUUAAUAAUCUCUGAUUCUGAACCCACUGAAGCUGACAGGAAAGUUGUGCUGAUCUCAGUAGCACAGGGCCUAGAGCUUUAGGCCUGCAUCUUGCAAAUCAGUCCCAGUGGCCAGUUAAAACCUGCAGCAUUGGUCUGGUCUGAGCUUUUUGCUUUUCUAAACUACCACCAUCCCUGGCAUCAACAGCCAAGGAAGUGAGUAGAGGGACUUCUUUAGAUCUCACUGUUCAAGGCUAAAAUUAUGUUGUUUUUCCUGCUAGGAAAUUCUUCUAAGCUCUAAUCAGGCAAAGGGAGCUCCAGGUGCAAGGUUCUGUCUUGACUAAUGCGCUGUCAGCAGGAAUAAAAUAAAUUAUGUGACUAUUUUCAAAUAUCUAACCCACAUUAAAUAAGUUACAUCAUUUUUUUGUGUGUGAUGGCAUUCUAAUUUCUGUAUGCAUUAUGUGGUGAAAAGCUACAAAUAGUACAUUUCUGGCUGUAAAACAGUUAUUUAAAAUUGUUUAAUAUGUAUAAAUAUUGAAUAUAUAUCAGAUAUGGAAUACAUACCACACAUAUAUAUAAAAGUAUGUGUGUAGGUAUGCAUAAACAUAUAUACUGAAAUACUCUUAAGUACAGCAUAAAACAUCUAGCUGUUAAACAUGUCUAGCUAUGUAUUUAGUAUUCCACAUACAGCUUAAAAGACCAAAGAGAUGCAUAGAAGAGAAAACGUGCAUCUCUCCUCCAUCAUUCAAAAUGGUAGAGAUAAAAAUAAUACUUAUUGUAGAUUUGCUGGGUUAAGAAAAACUAUACUCCAUUUCUAACAAUGAGGAGAAAUGCAACUGCAGCUGCAAUGCAGAAUCCAGAGUUUGCUGCUCACACUUGGUAUUUAAUUACCAGUCCAGCAGAGGUUGGGAUGGAGGAAGUACCAAACACUGCUUCAUACAGACGCUUUCUAUUAAUUCAAAGAGGAAAACUGCUGUGGUCCAAGAAUAUUCAGACUCUCCCUGCUCUGCUGAAAUAAGUGCAACAGAUGGGGCUUUAGAAUAAUGAAGUAGGGGAGGAAAUAAUAACAAAAGGGAGGUUUUCCUGAUAAGGGGUAGGAAAUGACACGUAAAAAGAGCCAGGGUGAUCAUCCCUUCUUACCAUAGCAAGGAGAAAGCGCACAGUCACAAAACUGUAGUAGUCAAAUGUGAAAGCCACUGCAAUGCCAAAUACAAACUGACCAGCACUUGUGAACCAUAUAACACGCUGUCUUCCCAGCCUGAAAAUCACAGCAGUAAUCAAAUUAUGAAUAACUACAAACAUUCUAUUAAAAUACACCUGCAACUCCAGAGAGCCUAGAUGGAAGUUAAACAACUCGCCACAGAAACUGUGGUUUAGUUACCUGUAUUAAUUUUUCAGUAAUUCCAACUUCCAAGAAAAAGGAAGCUCCUAUGAAUGGAAUGUGCAGUGAGCAUUACAUAUGUUCACCUCCAGUUUCAAGUUGAACUUCUGCAUAACUGAUCUGCAGAUUUACUCAGUCUUCUUUAUGAGGACGUAAAUCACUUUUUCAGAUAUUUUAUAUUAAGUAGCCUUUUGUUAAUAAUUUCUAACAAAAGUUAGCUGUCAUAACAUGCCAUCUCUUGCCAAAGUAACAACCAAUUUGGAUAGUAAUGAAAGGCUUCUGUAACAUAUCUUUGUACAGUUAUUUAAAAUUGAAUUCUCUAAUAAAUGGCAAGCACACAGUUCCCCUGAAUUUUCUGAUUGCAUCACAGCACACAUGCAUGCAUAUACAAAUACAGAAAUCCAAGAAUAUAGUAUACUAACGGCACAAAAACCAUGUCAAAUAAUAGCUUCCUAUCAACACAUAGUAGUUUCCAGUGUAAAAGAAGGGCAUUUAGUAAAAAAGAACUUCUAUUUGUUUUUUUUUUUCUUCCUGUAUCUCAGGGAGAAAAUAUCCAGAGUAGAGCCAGUUGUCCCUAAACAAGUGAGCACAUACUAAAGACUCUAUUGGGGAUUCAUUACAUUCUGUCUACAAAUGCUUUGUAAUACAAAAUGUGUGGAAUCAUUUUUCUUCCCUGAUAAUUUUUCUUGGGCUCUUACUAUCUACUCCAUUGCAAAGAGAUUUUCGCAAAUGGAGAUAUUACUUUUAGACAGAGAGGUUGAGGACUUUCAGGGGUGUGGACACCUUUGUAAUUUUAUUUUUCUGUGAGUAUUUGGUACUCCAUUAAAAUUCUUCCUAUUCUUCUCCAACCUUGACCUGGAGUCAUGCACAUUUUAUCUUUGAUUCCUGCCAGAAAAGAUCCCAAUGAGUCUUAGCUAUCAGAGCUCUUCUGUUGGGAAAUCUGUUAAUUGGUAAUGGGAGGAACACACAAUCUUAUUUCCCACCAAGCCAGGAUGUGUCAGAAAAUAAUAACUUUCAGCUGUAAAAUCUACAGUUGUAAAUCUGCAACUCAGAAUGUGUGUAUUGUCUUAACUAGCUGUCCAUGGCUUGAAUUAAUGGAAAUGAGAACAAUAUGAUCCUAACCUUAUAAAUCAUGUCUGAGUAUUAAUUUAAAAAGUUAUGAAUGAUUUAAAGGGACACAAAACAAAUGUUGGCUUUAUAUUCUGGUUUUGUAUUAAAUAUUGUUUUACAAAGCCUUGGAUUGGGAGGCAGAUUGAUUCCAUGUGUUCUAAAAGCCAAAUUAAAAAAAAGUCAUCAUUAGUUUUGCAUUCCCAUGUUGUAACUAUCACACCAUAGUGUUGUGCUAAUGAAGGAAAAUCAGAAAAAACACACCUGAUCUCCUUGUUCUGCUUAUACUGUUAGAUGUAGGAUAAAAUGUCAUCCUCGACCUAACAGAAAUGUCAGUCAACAGGCUCCUUUACAGAAAGAGAAAAAUAACUCUAAACCAGCCUUCAAAGCAAAACACAGGUACAUAAACUGCCUGAGACAAAACCAAGUACAAAUAGCUUGGAUAUUGGACUGUCAUAUGGAUAAAGGGGCAUGGCUGAGUGUUCUCCGGAGGCAGGAAUAAGUCUGUUUGUGUUGAGAGAGAAAACCAACAGAAACAGGAGGAUACAGACAUUCAUCCUGAAUCUCAUUGCUUCUGAGUCCAGCUCUUAUGUUGGAUCUCAGUGCGUGAUCUGAGAUAACAUCCAGGGAGGAAGCAUUGGACAGGAAUGGGCUGAAGGACAGCCUUGGCACCGUAAGCAUGAGAUUGCUUGGGAUGAGUCCCUCCAUGGACUGACUCUCCUUGUGCUCAAACAGAACUUUAUACAUGCUGUUAAAUAAGUGAAAUUACAGCACAGCUCACUCACACCCAUUUUUUCUCCUAUCUGGACUAACCCUCAAGAGACUGAAGUUUAAGCUAAUUUUUCAGAGAAAAACUAAAAUUGGAGAGCAAGGAAAAAUAGCGUAUGGGUGUUUAUUUUAAGAACAUGGGGCUUGAUCAAACCCUUGAAGCCUUUGCAUCAGCCCCACUGAGCUGUAUUCAUGACAGAGGUUAGGAAACAUGAUUUUAAAAUACAUUACACUUAAUCUUCUAGAAGGCAUUCUGUCAUUUAUCAUAUUACAAAUUAAAAAUCAAUAUUUCCACCAGGAAUCUCUCCUCGUGAAAAAUGAGGUGAAAAUCUACUCCCAGCUUUUACCAUUGCUAUUACAAUGAGCUAUUGCUAUUUCUGUUAAAAAUAAAUAAACAAAUAAAUAACCUAAAGGCAAAUACUAGCUGCUCAGGGGAAUUUCAGUGAUUAAGGCCUAGAAGAAUGGAUGACAUAAAGUACAAAAAAAAUUCUAAAAGGAAAUGACUUGCAAAGACAUUUUAAAAUUAGUACUUGCUAUUGGAAAAAGAUAUUGAGUUAAACAGAUCUGUGAAUAAAGCAAUAUCCAAACUUCCUGAAUUUUGAGCACAUAAUUAUGAGUAAUUAUGAGUGAAAACAACAAAAACACAUGGAGUUACUGCAGUCUGAAGCUACAGUUGUCAAAGGAUAGCACUUUACCUGUCAGCGAUGUCACCAAAAAUCACUGCUCCAAUCAAGACUCCAAGCAUGAAUGUAGGCUGGAUUAAUUUUGCAAGCCAUUCUCGGUCACAGACCAGAUCCCACUGCGUAACAACAGUGCUCUUCCACUUUGUAUCAUCAUAGAGAAAUCCAUCAGAACACGAAAAUACAGACUUGUUGCCUUUGUAUUCAUAUGCCAGAUCCAAACUGACUUCUCGUUUGGAUCUGCUGCAUUGAUUAAUUUCCCAAAUUUCUCCAUUUUCCAGCUGGACUACAACAUAAUUUUCUGUUGAUGUCCAUAGUGUCCAGAUGUCCUGUAUACUUGAUGCAGAGGAGUUGUGGAAAAGAAUAUUACUCACAUUUCCAGGGAACCCACAUACAAAGUUAGGAGUAACAGCCAUGAACACAGAUGCUAAGUAAUGGAUACCACAUGACAUAGCUUGAAAGACAGAUGCAAAAUAAACACAUGCUUGAAAUCUGUAAAGGGAAAGAAAAAAUUUUACUGAAGAAAAGCCCUCUAUACAUGAAAAAAAAAUCAACAUAAUUGUUUUGUAAGAUCAGUAAAUGGGGAUAUCAUUAGGGUGUCUAGUGCUUUGUUGUGUAGUGCUGCUUCAAUAUUAGUUAAGCCCUGCAAGAGACCAAAGACGAGAAAAAGAUCCACAGUAAUCUAUUGCCAGGAAAUAAAUGCUGCUCUCAGUCAUGUGUUUAGUCAUAGAGAGAAGACCAUUUAAAAUGAAACAAUUCUGAACUUAAGCACUUAGUUUGAAGCAACCUUCCUACCUCCAAUUCUCUGCAGCACAUCCCCUUAAAAUAGGGCCUGAGAUUACUUGAAUGGUUAGAAAAAACAAAAUGUUACAACUUCAGGUUCUUAGGGUUAGAGAUAUGUGCAUCAAAUAAAACAAAAUAAACAGAUUAUGCCCCUCAUUUAAUCUAUUUGUAUCUCUGUAAUUGUAUUCUAUCUACCAUCUCUCUUUAUUGCCUCCAAAAGACAAAGAGAGAAUACAUGUAGACACAAGCAGAAGAAGAUAGAAUCUGAACAAUGUGAAAUGUUUUGAACCAAAACAUAGCUGUGAAAUGGGUUGGGUUUUGGCUUAAACAGGGUGUGCAGUUAUCCGUUAAAGAUUGUAUCAAAAAGCAAACACGCUAAAAGAAUGUUUUAUGUGUAGCCUGAAUUUCGGCAUUUUAAACAGCUUUUAAGACAUGCUUGAGAUGCAAGUAAAUCUUAGUAUAAAAAUUGCACAUGUAUUCUGAAUUUCAAGGGCUUGCAAUGAACUCUAGUAUCACUGUCUGCAAAUUCUAGAAAGUUUCUGAUAAUUUAAGCAUAAGGAGUAUUUUCCUGAAUUAAAUGUUUAAAUUGUGCAUAUAAUUAGUACAACAUCUAUUCAUAAAAAAAACAAAAUAGCUUUGAUUUCUCCUCCCUUUUCUAUUUCCUGAAGGCUAAUCAAUUGCAAUAAUUUGAAGAAGCAUUCAAUGAGCUUCUAUAUAUACAUCCUUACUGCAUAUGCAGUAGGCCUUAAUUGUAUGAAACAAAAAGCAGAUUUUUUUUUAAAUGACCAGAGGCUAUCUCUGCUGAAGUCAUAGGAAAUGAUGUCUAAAACCCUGUUACCUUGAAGCGUCUUGUGGGAAAAGUCAAAGCAAUUCCAAUCUCUGUAACAAAUGUGGUCUCUCAAUGCUCCUCUCCAAAAGGUAUCUAAUCUAGCCUGGAAUUCCCAUAAUAAAGAUUUCAACAGUACAUAGCCUAGGACUUUUAAAUCAUCUACCAUUGCAAUUUCUAAUUAAUUUCUAAAUUAUCUUUAAGCAGAGUAUUUAAAUAGAAUUUACUGGAUACAUUGUCCUAAUGUCCAAUUAACCUUUCCAAUUAAACAGUUCCCUUGUAUAACACACCUCCAUUCACCAUCCUCAUUCUCCUUUGCCUUUUACCUUGUGAUUUUUAUAUAUUUCCUUGGUAAAUGUAAACCCAGUUGCCUAUCCCGUUCUUCUAAUGGCAUUUGACAUUGUUGUUGUUCUGAUGCAGUGCUUUUUAUCCCCCUUUCCCUUAACAAAAGCUCUAUUGACUGUUCCACAGCAGUCUGAGGAGUGGAUUGAAUUGCUAAACCCACCACGGCAGUUCAAAAGCUGGCUCCACUUCCCUCUUGAGGAUACCUCAAGGCAAUCCUCACACAGGUGCUGUGCUGCUCUUUCAGAACGAAACUGAGAGAUAUGGUCAAGAGAAGCAGAAUGUAACCGCAGUAACCCUCAAAUCUACCAAUCCCCUCUCAAGAGAACAGCUUCUUGCAGACUAAGUAGCUAUCCAUAAACCAGAGCAAGGCUGAAACAGCUCUGAAAGGCUUUUAGGCUAUCUUGGACCACAAAAAAGCAAAGGUUAUUUUAAAAUGUAACCUUUGUCACCCUAUUGAUGCAGACAAAUAUGGUCAACAACAUUUUUUUAGUUCCUCUUCUCUAAUUUCAUUUUAGCUGUUCCCAUCAAAAGACACAAACUCAUUUUAAAAAUAACAGCACAACCAAAUUCAACAACUUGGGCUAUUGUUGCAGUAUGCAGAAUGCCUGAAAUCAGGACAAGAAGACCUCUAGAAAAUUGGUAAAUGAAACCCCUAGAAGCUGUGCAGUUACGUCUUCUACUACACAUGGAACCAGGUUCCCCAGUAUUUGCAACAUCUGUCAUUAUGCAUCAGAAAAUUGCAAUGUCAGAUAGCCCAAUUGAUAUUUCCCAGACAGAGGAAGAAGGAAGUAAUUGCAAACCAUACAUACUUCUUGAGUUUCCCAAUUAGUUCUUGCAAUACAAGAAAUAUCAGGUUCAUCAUUUCUCUUCUGCCCAGUAAAAGUGAGUAGGAAAAAUAUAUUUAUAUCCUUUUUUGUUGGAGAGGCUUGAAGGGAGAUAACAACUUGUAAGGAUACAGACUGAGAAGAUGGCAUGAUGCAGUGGACUACAUUGAUUUUUAAAAACUCAAAUCCCAAGAGUAUCACCAGGGCUAUGAUUUGGAGCAGGUCUAAUUAAUCUCUGCUCUAACUAUUCCCUUGAGAGUUUUAUCUUAACUCUUCCUGAACACUUCUUGUGAUCAUACUUCAGUAACCAUUUUGACAGACUGCUCCACUGCCAAAUCUUUCUGUCGGAAAGUUUCUCAUUAAAUCUAAUCUCAAUGUCCCCUUUUCAAACAUAAAACUAUUACUAACUUACAAAACACCCUUGUGCAACCUUGAAUAAAUCUUCCUUGUCUUUUAUCACUUCAUUUUACGGAAUUAUCAGUUAUCCCCCUCCAGUUACUUUCUACAGCCAUACAAAUUACAAUUCAUUACCCUUUCCUUUUCUUUAUGUCCUUUCUUUGUUUCCACGACUAUAAAAAGCAGUAAAGGAUUCAUUUUAAAGAAAUGAAUAAAGUGUCAUGCCAUAUUUCACCUAUCUUUCAAGCGUUUAACUUAGCACUAGAUAUAACUGAUUAUUGUAAAAACAUUCUUCCCUUUCCAGUGUUAUGAAAAUCUUAUUCAGUUCCAACAAAGAAAUCCACUCUGUACCAUUAUUUUUUGCCCUAAUUUCCAGUACCAAUGCUAAGCAAACACAAAAAGUUAGACAGAAUGCCAGAUAGACAUUGAUAGACAUAAUUUAUGUUGCAUAUGACUUCAUUUAAAAACAGGAAAACGUGUUUUUACAGCAAAAUCACCCUAGUGCUGCAGAAUUUUACAGGAUGGAUUGCACUGCAGUUCUUAACAUCUGACUGCUCAACAAAAGAACCAAGGAGCAGGCAGGGAAGCAGGAGUAGGGGAGAAUAAGGCCUAAUGUGAAGUUAGCAAAGUAUUUGGAAGCACCAGUGUCUGAAGACAUUCCACACCACACUAAUGGGCUGCUCCCCUGCCUGUAGAAAGUAUUUACUGCUCUCUCCAGUAAAAUUCCACACGGGGUUGGCUAAGCCUCUCUCUGUAUAUAUACAUACACAAAACACACAGAAAAUAUCCUGAAAGCCCUGUUUUGCCAUGAAGGCAAAGUUCAUUGCUGACUACAGCAGUGUUGUAACAGCACCCCCACUGAUGCUAGAUUGAAAAGCCCAAUCAUAGGAGCUGCUGCCUAUCUUCUCUGGGUAGGAAGAGUUCUUCCUCUAGAAAGGUCAAGAAACUCCUUAACUUGCAAGGUUACCAAAAAGGAAUUAAUCAAAUUAGUGACAACAUACAGAAAGCAUGUAGGGAGGAUGAUACAUGGAAUGGAAAAAUACUACAGGUGCAUGGAACUUUGCUUUCCAGAACAGCUGAAGAUUGAAAAGGGACAAAGACACAGAUCCAGCCUCAUGGUAGACAGAGGUUUGCUGGAACAGAGGUUGAGGCAGUAGAGAGUGCUGAGUUGAGGAAGAACAUAGAGCUGCUGCCUUCUCUAUGGCUAGUCUGUGAUCCCUCCCUUCGAACCUUUGGGUGCAUGAGUUUUAUCUCAGACCUCUUGUUGUGGCCAUGUUGAUGCUCUUCCCCAGUCUUAAAACCCCGGGGCAGCUUCUUGGCCCUUGCUUAUGUGGUGGCUGAGCAGCUUCCCGUCCUCACGGGAGGACACGGUGCUGGGGGAGCAGAGCAGGUCCGGGUUGGGCAGCCUGGAGCAGCCCCCACAGAGGCUGUGCUGGGGCAGCAGGUCACAGCAGAACCUAUGCAGGUCAUACACUUCACUGACCCUGAGGCAUAGGUUAAAGUCUAUGCUGUCCUUGAUAUCUGCUGUAAAUUAUUAGCUCUUUUCCAAAAUCCUUAAUUUAAGAACACCAAACUGAUAAGAAAGCCCUUAAAAGCUUAAAUCUCUCUAUUGCAGACAAAUAUGUACUGUAAUCAUUUUAUUAACCUCAUCAAACUCCAUUUAAAAAGUUAGAUUUCCCUGAAUAAAGAAAUACUGUUGCUCAUGCAUCAAAAUGGUAAGAAAAUACCAUUGCGGGAGUAAUAAGUACUAUUGAAAUUCAUCAAAGAAACCAAAGUCUGCAAUUUAUUUUCCCAGACUGAUCUCAAAAAGGACAAUUUUUGACAAUGGUAUUUUAUAUGCCAGUCAUCUUCCCAUACACACAUUAGAUUACACAACAUAUAUUGUUGCAAACAGUAAUUUUCAAUAACAUAUUUUACAGGGUUUUUUUUUCAAAAAACACACGCUUUUUGCAAUUUUUUAAAACAUUCUGUGAAUAUGAUGACUGUCCUAAAAGGUAUGAUAAUUUCUCUCAGUGUUUUUCCAUCUCUUCAGUGACUUGCCAUGGGAGAUAAUUAUUUGGCAAGUACAUUUUGUCACUCUUGCCAGGAGUGUCAAAUAUAGAAGUCAAGAAGACUUUAUAGGUUACUGCUCCAGUAUAGAGACACUUAAUGAAUGCCAGAAGUCAAAUGAGCCUAAAACUAUCUUCACAAAAACCUGAGCAAGACACAACAUGAAAAUGUUCCAGUCUUUCUUAAAAUAUUUCUGUAAAAUUUCUCCACAGUUUUUUUCUUUUUUUUUCAGUUUACAGCUCAUAGUAAAAAAUUAUUUUUACAUUUUCUAUUUCCUCUGCACAAGUUUUAAGAUCUCACCAGUAUGAAAAGCACUCGUAAUAUCAUGUCAGUAGCUGAACUGAAGAAAUAUUCUUCCACAAAGGCAAUGAACUAGAUCUCAUAGCACUGUUGCUCUGGGUGUAGCCUUAUGACACAACAUCUCUGUGACACUAUCACUGCAAAAGAUUUCCUCCCUUCUCUUUUCCCACUGUUUAUUCAUCCUCUGAGACACAGUCUCAGUCACAGUGGUAUUUUUUUGUGGACCAUCUGGGAAACAGAUCUACCUUGAAUAAAAAAGUCAAAAUAGAUGAUGAAUACAAAAAAAAAAAUACAAAAAACCCACAAACAACAAGCUAGACUAGUUGCUCAAUCUAAUUUAUAUUGCAUUUAUGUAAAUAAUCUACACCAGUCUAUUUGAAAGAUGGCAAAUCUGGCGUGCAAAAAAACUUGAAGUACACAUUGCCAUAUAUAUCUUGGAGACUAAACUCCCAGCCUCACAGUACUUCUACCAUUGUCAGUUACUGCAGUGCACAGCAGGGACAAAACUUGUUGUCAAACACUAACUUUAUGUUAAAUAAAAUGUGGUUCUGAUAACAUUUCCUUGUCUGUCCAUCAAUGAGAGAAGAGGGGUAUUACUAGAUACUCAUCAAAAGCUAAUACAAACAUUUGAAAAUCAUUUUACUGUAGAAUAGACUCACAACACUGUUCUGUGAUUAGCAAAAUAUUUGUACUAUUCCAUCAGCUUUACAAGAACUAUUUUUACUGCUUCUCUUCUCAACCACCUCAUUAGUAAAUUGCUUAAGUCAGAAAACACAGUAAGUUUUUGUUGUGCAGUGUACACUCGACAGGAUGGAUUCAGUGGAAAGAAAUUUCCAGAUAUUUACUAUUUCUGAAAGAAUUUGUGUUCAGUAACCACUUUAAACUCUGUAUUUCAUCCUGAUUUUUUUUAAUGUGAGAAAAGCCAUUCAGCAUUCUUUCCACUCUAAACCAAAAAGCUAUGAUGCACUUCCACAUUUAUUUUUUGAGAGGAAAGAAGCUGAAUGUGACUCAAGAGUAUUUUGGCUAUGGUGCAGUGAUACAGACUUAGAAGCAGCCUUAAAUAUACAAUAUGAACAUCUUUAUUUGACUUUUGGUGUCAAGAAUAAACUUCCUUCCCUCCUAAGGGCAGUUUAAACUAUGCUAGGACUUGGUCUCAGCCCACAUGAAAAAGAUGGUUAUUUCCAGAAUUUGUUUUCAGAGGUAGAAGAUGCUGUGUUGAAUGUCCAGUUUAAACAUAUCAACAGCACAGAUGCAACAGGAAUAAGGAAGCCUAUAGAGAUCAGGAAGACCCCAGGAAUUAUAUAUCAUCACUGAUGACAAUGUGUGCAUCAACGUGCAGUCACCAAACAGCAGACACUUACCAAAUCAUUGUUACAAUCAUUUAAAAUUGAUUCUCUGAAGAAUUCACUUCUAUCCCAUUAAGCUUAUGCAUGUUUCUCUUUGAUUAAGACAAGCCCAGCAUUCGGUCACUAGAGUCAAGAAGAAAAAUAUGUUGGCUGCUCACUACUGCACAUUUGGUAUAACAGCCUAGAUGAAGAAAGUCAAUCAGUGUGAAAAUAAAGAAUUAGUGCUACAGAAUUAAGGGUCAUCCUUUUAAUAAUGUUUUUUUAAACUAAAUAGAACAGUUCUUAAUGUUUGACUAUCUAAAUCAGGCACACUAGAUUCCUGUUGUCACCUGUGACAAAAUAAUCUAGUUGAUAAAUAUUUCUUGGUUUAAAUAGUUACUAAGUUCAGUAGCACAGCUUACACCUAUAGACUCACAGCAGAGAGAGCAGCUGCUGUUAAAGAUGCUCUGAUGUUUCUUGCUGCCCCUCUGCCAAGGAUUACUGCCCCCAGGGGAGAGCCAGACAGAAGGAUGGUGUGUUCAUGGCUCAGCCACUCCAGUGCAACACCCAACCUUCUCGUUCAAAUGGAGUGAAACUGGGCAAGACACAAGGGCUCUGGAUUUGCACCAAGCUACACAUAAACAUUACACUUUUGACUUUCCUGGGAAAGUAGCCUCUGAUUAAGGGGAAACACAUCAUUGGCAGCAAUUCUCACACCUUUUGAUGGCAAAGCUGGAGUCAAGUCUAUUUUAAUGUAGUUACCCACUUGUCUUUUCUGCUUUAAAUGUGUUAAGGGUAUGUAUCAGGUAAUUUAAUUAAAAAAGAACACGAACAUGCAGUUUGUAAGUUAUUUAGCUUUGUUUUGGAGUUAUUUGGCCUAGUGUUAAACACAGCAGAGUGGUUAUGCUCGAACAGUAGUAACACUUCAGGCUCUAUACUUGGAAGUUUCUAUUCCGGGAAUGGCAUUUCUAUAAACAUCUACCAUUUAGAAAAUUAGCACAUACUCUGCAUGAUAUAUUACCAGCAUUACUUCUCACAGGGAGAACUCAAUUCCAGUUUCUCUGGUAGCACUGUUUUCUUUUAGUCAGCCUCUCUUUUGUGGACAAAUCCAAAUUAGGUAUUUCAUUCUUUUCCCUGCUGUACUGUUUCCAUUGGCUUAUGUAAGCAAAUCAUUUCACAUUAUAACCUGUAAAGUGUCUAAUAGAAUUUAAAUGUUUUUAUUGAGAUUCUAUCUAAUUAUAGACAUAGGCAGUACUUCAUGUAUAAACUAUUAAAUUUCGUUCUUCCUUUCCCAUUUUUCUGCAUGUUACACUGCUGACACAUCGGACUAUCUUCAAACUAUGGAAGUUUACUUUUAUUGUAUCCAGUUUUUUUGUUCUGUCUAUAAUCCUGAAUUAAAACUAACUCAUUGUCAUAA